UAACUGUAACUGAGCCUGUGGCUAUACUGAAAGCAGAUGAGGUAUGGGGUGCUUUAAGAGGUUUGGAAACCUUCAGCCAGUUGGUUCAUGAAGAUGACUAUGGAAGUUUUCUUGUCAAUGAAUCUGAAAUCGACGACUUCCCAAGAUUUGCUCAUAGAGGAAUCUUAUUAGACACUUCAAGGCAUUACUUACCAUUGAAAUCUAUUCUUACAAACUUGGAUGCCAUGGCUUUUAACAAGUUCAAUGUUCUCCACUGGCAUAUUGUAGAUGAUCAGUCAUUCCCUUACCAGAGUAUUUAUUUCCCUGAAUUAAGUGACAAGGGAGCGUACUCCUAUAACCACGUCUAUACUCCUGCUGACGUCCGUCUGGUGAUUGAGUAUGCCCGCUUAAGAGGCAUUAGAGUUAUCCCCGAGUUCGAUACCCCAGGACACACGCAGUCUUGGGGAAAAGGUCAAAAAGAUCUUCUCACCCCUUGUUACAGUGGAGAACAUCCAACUGGGUCCUUUGGACCUGUAAAUCCCAUUUUGAAUACAACUUAUGACUUCAUGAGUAAAUUCUACAAAGAGAUCAGCAGUGUAUUUCCAGAUGCAUACAUUCAUUUGGGAGGAGAUGAAGUGAACUUCGAUUGUUGGAAGUCUAACCCUGAAGUGAAAGAGUUCAUGAAGAAGCAAGGAUUUGGAAUUGACUAUGCUAGACUGGAAUCUUACUAUAUUGAGAAGAUUUUGGACAUUGUUUCCUCCUAUAACAAAGGAUAUGUGGUCUGGCAAGAAGUGUUUGAUAACAAAGCACAGCUGAAACCAGACACUGUAGUUCAAGUGUGGAUGGGAAACAACUAUGCUCAUGAACUGAGCAGUGUCACUGCGGCUGGGUUCACUGCAAUCCUGGCAGCUCCCUGGUAUUUAGACUACAUUAGUUAUGGGCAAGACUGGAAGAAAUACUACAGCGUCGAACCGCUUAACUUCCCUGGAUCUGAAAAACAGAAAAAGCUUUUAAUAGGUGGAGAAGCCUGCCUGUGGGGGGAAUUUGUGGAUGCAACUAACCUCACACCAAGAUUAUGGCCUCGAGCAAGUGCUGUAGGGGAAAGACUCUGGAGCAGCAGUAAUGUGACCAACUUACAGGAUGCCUAUGAAAGACUGACUAAUCAUCGAUGCCGCAUGCUCCGCCGUGGCAUAGCAGCUGAACCUGUGUUUGUUGGAUACUGCGCCCAUGAAGCAAGAGGGUAGUAACUGCUGCAGAAAUUUCUAGUCAACAACCUGAAGUGCCUCUGGGGUAUGAAUGUAUGUACAUGCAGUUUGAAAUUUGAACUAAGACUUAAACUUUCACUUUUAAAAUAGUUACUUGACA